AUGGAUGAACUCCGAGCAAUUAUGCAAGAGACAAUCACAACCUUCGUGCAGAACAAUACAGCUGUCGUCAAGACAAAGGAUGUCUCUCUACUUUCGUCCGUCCUCUCCGAUGACUGCGUGAAGAUGUACCGGCCGCACUCGUUCGUCAACAAAUACCCGCAGUUCUUUAAAGCCCAGAUCACGAAUGCGGAAUACGAGGCGCAGGUGAAGAUGGAGUUGCAAACUAUUUCCGAUGUAGUGCAGAACGUCACCCGGACCGUGAUCGAUGCGCAUCAGCGCGUGGCUAACGUGUGGAUCGAGAUGAUUGUGCACACAGUCGAUGGGCUCAAGAGCUUUGUCGAGGUCAUCUAUGACCUGGAGUUCACCCAGGAUGGGAAGCAGAUCUCUCAGUACAUUGAGUUUGUGGACACCUAUGAGAGUGCCAAGGUGUUGGAGCAAAUGCUGAGCAAGCUUGGUAGCGGUGGCACACAGAAUAGAGAAGAUGGAUUCGUUCUUGCUGGAAUGCUUCUGAGCUCACCCGCCCAUCCUCUAGUGGCCCUUUCAGCGUCCACGCUAAAAGACGGUACACACAUACCGAAGGGGUGCAGAAUUGCUUUUACCAACGCUAAGCAUCAGACGGACCCCGCAAUUACACCGGACCCGUUCACGUUCGAUCCUAUGCGUAGCUAUCGUAAGCGGUACUCGUUGCCGGAUCAACAGGAUAGGCACCAGGCUGUUCUCACCGACAUGGACAACAAUUUCAUGGUUGGCUAUGGGAACCACACUUGCCCGGGAAAGUUUCUCGGAGUUGCUGAGUUUAAGAUGCCGGUGGCACGUUUUCUUGCGGAAAUUGAUUUCAAGUAUCCUGGGGGCAAGUCGAUGCCGAAGACUUUGAGUGCGGGUGAGAAUGUGUUUUUGGACCCUAGUGCAAGACUUUUGAUUAGGAAGAGGAAGAUUUCUGGUACUUAG